GGCUGAGUGUGGGGGGAUAUUUAUGCUGAAGUCCCUAAUGAGAGCUACAACGGGACACAACUGAGUUAACAUACACCGUAGGUGCUGGUUUUAGAGCUUUCGUUAUGUUGUGGGCUAAAUGUCCAUAAAUCUACAGAUUCGAGAAUAAAAACAGCUCUGUUAUUGAAAUUUUUAAAAUAAAGCAAUCCACAAAUAGUCGCAGGGAUUAAUUAAUUUUGGUUGGAAGACAGGGUAAUGUAAAAAUUCCAGGAUCGGUGUUAACAGAAGGAAAACACUUGCUAUUGAAAACAGGGUUUGGAAGCUCUGCUUAAUAAUGCAACCCUGAAACAGAUGUGUGGGACUUCAUCCCAGCACUCCCACCCCCACUAGUUUAAAAGGGAAUAUGUAUUUCGAAGCAAAAUUAAUUGAGACUUAUUUUAUCUUGCCCCUGGCUAAAGAAUUUUUCUGCAUGCUAGAUCCUGAGAUUAUAUUUUGUCACUUGCAUCAAUCUCUCUCUGUAUAACCUCCUUCCCCCCCCCCCCCGCUUCUUGCUUCACUAAACCUCCUUUCUGUCCCAUAAGCCCGCACCCUCUCACAGCUCUUCUCCUUCACUCUCCUCCUUUACAUUUUCACACCCUCCGAGUCCUCUCCCUCAGCACUCACUUCCCUUUCCCCCUCCAUCUCAUUUUUUUCUUCUUCCUCCUAACCAUCACCCUUCUCUCCUAUAUUCCUCCACCAGUCCUCCUCUCUUUUCCGUUCCCAAAUCCCUCCACCACCCCUGUUUCAAACCUCCAAUACUUCUCCACCCUUCCCUCUCCUGUAUCCUUUCACACUCAUACCUCCACCCCUUCACUUCUUCCGCCCUCAUCCUUUUAUCUUCCUCUCUAAUAUCUCUCCACCCCUCUCUUCUCUCAUUAUCUCAUACCCCCACCUCUUUUCCCUCCUUCUCACAUAUCCUUCUACCUCAUCCCGGCUCCCCAUAUACCUCCAGCCCUUCAUCCUCCUUCCCCUCCCAUAAUCUCACUCCCCCUACCAUCCUUCCAUCCCACCAAAUCCCUCCAACCCUUCCUCCUCCCCAAAUCUCUCUUUCCUCCUUCCUCCUCCCUUCUUCCCUCCCAUAUCCCUUUAUCCUCGUUUACCCUGCAAAUACUCUACAUUCAUCAAUAUCCCUUUUAUCCCCCUUCUCUUCUCUCACACUCCCCUCUUGUUAACCUCCUCAGCAAUAUUGCCCCUCACCCUUUACCACUUUCCCGUAUCCACCCCACCCUUUUCCCUCUGAUUUCCUUCCUAUAUCCAUCCUCCUCUCCUCAAAUCCUUCCUUUACUUCCUAAAUCUUCCCUACCCUUUAUCCCAUCUCCUCUUAGAUAAACCUCUCUUUCAACCUCCUCCUUCCUUUCUUUCCCUUACCAACAUCCCCGUCACCUUCCCUCCACCAUAUUCCCCACUAUUUUCCUGUAUUUUUUCUCAACUCUUCCCCUCUCCCUCUCAUAUCCCUAUCUCCUUCCUUUCUGCCCAGAACUGAAUCUGAGAGGAUGAGAGAUGACCUGAUAGAGGUGUACAAGAUGAUGAGAGGCAUUGAUCGUGUGGGUAGUCAGAGGCUUUUUCCCCAGGCUGAAAUGGUUGCCACAAGACGACACAGGUUUAAGGUGCUGGGGAGUAGGUACAGAGGAGAUGUCGGGGUAAGUUUUUUACUCAGAGAGUGGUGAGUGCAUGCAGUUGGCUGCCGGCAACAGUGGUGGAGGCGGAUAUGAUAGGGUCUUUUAAGAGACUCCUGGAUAGGUACAUGGAGCUUAGAAAAAUAGAGGGCUAUGGGUAAGCCUAGUAAUUUCCACUAGGGACAUGUUCAGCACAACUUUGUGGGCCGAAGAGCCUGUAUUGUGCUGUAGAUUUUCUAUGAGUAAGAUAGACAAUAAAACCGAGGCCUUAAUCAAACCUGGGCCAUUAGAUGUAUGACUGUCUGUGACUGUGUGAUUAUGUGAGGAUGAGCGUGUCUGUGUGUAUCUGUUAUCUUUAUUGUUGUAUGCAAUUACAUUUUUGUUUGUGUAUUUAUGUGUGUCCAUGCAUGUGUUUAUGUCCAUGUGUGCAUGUAUUUGUGUGUGCGUGAUUGCAUACGUCCAUGUUUGCGUAUAUCCAUACCUGCAUGUGUUUCGUGUGUCCGUGUGUGAGUGCGUGUAUCUCUGUCUCUGCAUGUGUUUAUGUGCGACCAUGUGCCUGUGUUUAUGCAUGUGCGUGUGUGUUUAUGUGCUUUGUGAGUGGUUACUCAGUGGCUUCCGCAGGUUUAACAGUAAGCUUAACAGUAGGGGUCUUAGAUUAUACUACUGACUGCAUUUGAUACUUUACAAAGAUUCCCGGAAGGGGGAAAGAAGCCAGCUUCGUGUUAGCUCAGCCUAAAGUAAUAUGUAUUAGAAUUUUUCCACGAUUUUCUUUCUUCCUUCCCCACCCCGGUUAGUUCGCCGCCAUGCCACACACACACACACAACCACACACAACUCGGAACCGAAGCGAGUUCCCUUCCCCCAGCGCCGCUGAACGAACGUAUGUGUCUCUCACUCUCUCACCCACAAAAUUCCGCACAAUGUUUCUCUCUCUUGCCCCAUUUGUUUCUCCCUCAACCAGUUCCCAGCAACACCCCCACCAAUCCACCCCACAACACACCCAUUCUUCUUUCUCUCACUGCCGCUGCCAUUGGACGGAAUGAAGUCAGCUGACUUCCCAUUUCACUCCACGAAUUGGAAAGAAUGCUGGCCUUACAACAAUCUAGUUAUUAGAUUCAAAAGUCUGGCGCAGUUAUAUAUAUAGAUACAUAGAUAGACAGAUAGAUAGAUAGGUAUUGAUAUAUGCAUAUAUAAAAAAGAAAUUAUAUGCACUUAUCCGGUGCUGAUAGCUCGCGGUGUGCAGGACAGGGGUGCCGCGUGUGAUCAUGAAUUCUCUCUAUCAUAACCCCUCGCUAGCUUGUCACAUCCCGGGCAGUCAAGACCUCUUACCCAACUCUUUCGACCCAGUUCGGCACUUCAGCGCCUACGGAGCCACGGUGUCUCAGAACAGGAUCUACCCGAAUCCCUACUACACUCCGACGCAGGAGAGCCCGUGGCCGAGCCGACCGUCUUUCGAUUAUACUUUGUAUCAAGAGAAAGAUCUCUCCCAGCCUUCCUCCUCGUCCUCCUCCUCCUCCGCUGCCGCUUCUGCUGCCGGCGCAUGUAGGCAAAUUUCGGAAAACUCCCGGGCAGACGGUCCCAAGCAAUGCUUUCGGAUUUACCCAUGGAUGCAACGAGUCAACUCACACAGCGGUGUGGGCUACGGCUCGGAGCGCAGGAGAGGCCGCCAGAUUUACUCGCGGUACCAGACCCUGGAACUGGAGAAGGAAUUCCACUUCAGCCGUUACCUGACGCGCCGCAGGCGGAUCGAGAUCGCCGGCGCCCUGUGCCUGACGGAACGUCAGAUUAAAAUCUGGUUCCAGAACAGGCGUAUGAAGUGGAAGAAGGGGGGCAACAGCGAGCGGCCGGCGGCGACCGCCGAAGCACAGGAGCCGGCAGAAGAGAAUGACCAGGACAAGGAGAAGCGGCCCGCCGGGCAGGAGGCGACUGAUCCAGCCGCCAAACCUGGCAAUCUUUCCCAGUGAAACCAUCCCCCCGCGCAGCAGUUUGUGGUAUCCCGAUCACACACAUUCGUAGUUAACCAGAACGUCGGUGGCGUGAGAGAGAGAGAGAGAGAGCGAGAGAGAGAGAGAGAGAGAGAGAGAGAGAGAGAGAGAGAGAGAGAGAGAGAGAGAGAG